ACAUGGCUAACAUGUACACCCUGCUGAGAGCCGUGUCCAGCGGCUUACCUCACAUGAUCCAGGAGCUCCAGAUCCAUAUCCACGACGAGGGCCUCCGAGCCACCAGUAACCUCUCUCAGGAAAACGUACGUCACAUCUUUGUGUAUCACUAUACAUUAUCAUUGUACGUUAUCUGAUUAUCAUCAUCCUGCUAAUCCUUUUGUCUAAAUGUAUUGUUUUUGGACUUCAAACACUGUACAUUAUCACUGUGCAUUAUCAGUAUGUAUUAUCAGUAGGCCUAUGCAUUAUCAGAUUACCAUUAUCACAAACAUAAUAUUCACAACUCACUGCUAAUUCUCCUGUUGUGUUGUUACCUCCCCAGAUGCCAACCCUGUUUGUGGAGUCCGUAUUGGAGGUUCACAGUAAAUUUGUUCAGCUCAUUAACACAGUCCUGAAUGGGGAUCAGCACUUCAUGAGCGCACUUGAUAAGGUAUUAAUGUUAUGACUGGCUGGCAGGUGUAGAGGGGAAAUCAGAAUGUGGACACUAGGGACAGGUCAGGCCAGUAGGUGGCGCCAGUGAGUGGUAUUUGUGUUCACUAUGGGAUGUGGCUCCAUAUUGUUUCUCACAAGAUUGUUCCUAAGGCUCUUCAUAAGUUAAAACAUAACUUUUAACUAUUUUUAUUAGUUGAUGUCUUAGCUGUGGAUGUCUUACUGAAACUGAUGGGGGGGGGGGAAAUGACUGGUUUGUUUGAUCCUCCCCAGGCUUUGACUUCAGUGGUUAACUACAGGGAGCCCAAAUCCAUCUGCAAAGCACCUGAACUGGUGAGUGUGAGACUCAUUCAUGACACCUGAGGUUUGGAAAUGUGUGGGGGUAUCAGAUAAGACCAUAGUAAUAAACAAAGUAAAAACCCUGUACACAGCAGUUUGUCUAGAUCUCUACUACUUUACCUGUGUUUUUUUCAACAUUUGUUUUGAGGACCAUAGUAAUGUCUGACCUUGUGUUGUUGUUCCCUUUACCCAUGUAGCUCGCUAAGUAUUGUGACAAUCUGCUGAAGAAGUCUGCAAAGGGAAUGACAGAGAACGAGGUGGAGGACAAGCUGACUAGCUUCAUCACCGUGUUCAAGUACAUAGACGACAAGGACGUUUUUCAAAAGGUAGCUGACAGACAGGCAUUAGCGUUAUUACUCUCAUUAUCUCAAAUGACCAGCGAUAUUGACAGCUAGUAUGGCUGCUUUUUAUUCCUUCCAGACUGAAUUUUGAAUUCGCUACAGAUUUUUUUUUUUAUCUUUAUUUAACCAGGUAAGCCAGUUGAGAACAAGUUCUCAUUUACAACUGCGACCUGGCCAAGAUAAAGCAAAGCAGUGCGAUAAAAACAACACAGAGUUACAUAUGGGGUAAAAAACAUAAAGUCAAAAAUACAACAGAAAAUAUAUAUACAGUGUGUGCAAAUGUAGCAAGUUAUGGAGGUAAGGCAAUAAAUAGGCUAUAGUGCAAAAUAAUUACAAUAGUAUUAACACUGGAAUGCUAGAUGUGCAAGAGAUUAUGUGCAAAUAGAGAUACUGGGGUGCAAAAGAGCAAAAUAAAUAACAAUAUAGGGAUGAGGUAGUUGGGUGGGCUAAUUUCAGAUGGGCUGUGUACAGGUGCAGUGAUCGGUAAGGUGCUCUGACAACUGAUGCUUAAAGUUAGUGAGGGAGAUAAGAGUCUCCAGCUUCAGGGAUUUUUGCAAUUCGUUCCAGUCAUUGGCAGCAGAGAACUGGAAGGAAGGGCGGCCAAAGGAGGUGUUGGCUUUGGGAAUGACCAGUGAGAUAUACCUGCUGGAGCGCAGACUACGGGUGGGUGCUGCUAUGGUGACCAAUGAGCUAAGAUAAGGCGGGGAUUUGCCUAGCAGUGAUUUAUAGAUGGCCUGGAGCCAGUGGGUUUGACGACGAACAUGUAGUGAGGACCAGCCAACAAGAGCGUACAGGUCACAGUGGUGGGUAGCGUAUGGGGCUUUGGAGACAAAACGGAUGGCACUGUGAUAGACUACAUCCAAUUUGCUGAGUAGAGUGUUGGAGGCUAUUUUGUAAAUGACAUCGCCGAAGUCAAGGAUCGGUAGGAUAGUCAGUUUUACGAGGGCAUGUUUGGCAGCAUGAGUGAAGGAGGCUUUGUUGCGAAAUAGGAAGCCGAUUCUAGAUUUAACUUUGGAUUGGAGAUUCUUUAUGUGAGUCUGGAAGGAGAGUUUACAGUCUAACCAGACACCUAGGUAUUUGUAGUUGUCCACAUACUCUAGGUCAGACCCGUCAAGAGUGGUGAUUCUAUUCGGGUGGGCGGGUGCCAGCAGCGUUCGAUUGAAAAGCAUGCAUUUAGUUUUACUAGUGUUUAAGAGCAGCUGGAGGCUACUGAAGGAGUGUUGUAUGGCAUUGAAGCUCGUUUGGAGGUUUGUUAACACAGUGUCCAAUGAAGGGCCAGAUGUAUACAAAAUGGUGUUGCCUGCGUAGAGGUGGAUCUGAGAGUCACCAGCAGCAAGAGCGACAUCAUUGAUAUACACGGAGAAAAGUGUCGGCCCAAGAAUUGAACCCUGUGGCACCCCCAUAGAGACUGCCAUAGGUCCAGACAACAGGCCCUCCGAUUUGACACACUGAACUCUAUCUGAGAAGUAGUUGGUGAACCAGGCGAGGCAGUCAUUUGAGAAACCAAGGCUAUUUAGUCUGCCAAUAAGAAUGCGGUGGUUGACAGAGUCGAAAGCCUUGGCUAGGUCGAUGAAGACGGCUGUACAGUACUGUCUAUUAUCGAUCACGGUUAUAAUAUCGUUUAGGACCUUGAGCGUGGCUGAAGUGCACCCAUGACCAGCUUGGAAACCGGAUUGCAUAGCGGAGAAGGUACGGUGGGAUUCGAAAUGGUCGGUGAUCUGUUUGUUAACUUGGCUUUCAAAUACUUUCGAAAGGCAGGGCAGGAUGGAUAUAGGUCUGUAGCAGUUUGGAUCUAGAGUGUCACCCCCUUUGAAGAGGGGGAUGACCGCGGCAGCUUUCCAAUCUCUGGGGAUCUCAGACGUUAUGAAAGAGAGGUUGAACAGACUAGUAAUAGGGGUUGCGACAAUUUCGGCGGCUAGUUUUAGAAAGAAAGGGUCCAGAUUGUCUAGCCCAGCUGAUUUGUAGGGGUCCAGAUUUUGCAGCUCUUUCAAAACGUCAGCUGUCUGAAUUUGUGUGAAGGAGAAGCGGGGGGGGCAUGGGCAAGUUUCAGCGGAGGGUGCAGAGUUGGUGGCCGGGGUAGUGGUAGCCAGAUGGAAAGCAUGGCCAGCUGUAGCAAAAUGCUUGUUGAAAUUCUCGAUUAUUGUAGAUUUAUCGGUGGUGAUAGUGUUUCCUAGCCUCAGUGCAGUGGGCAACUGGGAGGAAGUGCUCUUAUUCUCUAUGGACUUUACAGUGUCCCAAAACUUUUUGGAGUUAUCAGGCGCCAUUCAAGGUCUUUAUCUGAAAGAAAAAAACAUUUUAUUUGGAGACUGAGAUGUUGAAUUGAUGUCUUAUGUUUUCUUUUUAACCAUGUUGAUGUCUCUUGCCCCCCCUCUCUCUUUCACACUCUCCCUCUCUGUCGCUUCUUUCUCUCUCGUACAGUUUUAUGCAAGAAUGUUAGCAAAGAGGUUAAUACACGGGCUGUCCUUGUCCAUGGACUCAGAGGAAGCCAUGAUCAACAAACUAAAGGUGAAAUAAGACUCCUUUCAGCUUUAUCAGGCGCCAUUCAAGGUCUUUUAUGCCUAAAGGUAGCAUUUUCCGAGCCAGAAUGGCCCAUAUGGCAGGAGCCAAUCGUCUGUUUCUGUAUGUAUGUACAAGUACACCCCCUGGACAAGAUGCUAACAUGCCAUUUAUUAAUGCCAUAGUUGAGCAUCACUCUCUAAACUGUCAGUCUUUCCCUUUAAAGUAGUAGUCCACAGAACUUUCAAACGAAGCCCUAAAGCAUGUGCUUCUCCAUAUAGUAUAGUAAAUGUCUUCUAGCUGUGUGACUCCACUGUACUCUAAUGCAUCUGUCAUCAUGUGUGAUAUUUGGCCGUAAUCCGUGCCUUUCUUUCAAACACACACACACACACACACACACACACACACACACACACACACAUUCUCCCUGUCCCUUGUUUCACCCUGUGAACUCUCUGUCCCUCUCCCCCCUGCAGCAAGCAUGCGGCUAUGAGUUCACGAGCAAGCUCCACAGAAUGUACACAGACAUGAGCGUCAGCGCAGACCUGAACAACAAAUUCAACAACUUCCUCAAGACCCAGGAAUCACCAGUCGACCUGGGAAUCAGCUUCCAGAUCUAUGUAUUACAGGUGAGAGGGGUUUACUUCAAUUAAUAUCUUUAUUGUCCGCAAAUGUGUAUAGUGCAGUCAGGGUAAGAAACAACAUGAAAACAAUAACAACCAUACAGCAUGAUAUAGACAUAUGAUGGAUAGCAAAGAUAUCAGUUAGACAUAAAAUAGGAGCAAUCAUGUGCAAAUGUGCAGUCGUCACCCAUAUUAAUAGAUAGACAUUACCUUAUGUGCAGGUUGAUAGCAUAAGAGAAAAUGACACACAUCAAAGAAGUAUCCAAUGUAUUGUUUUCCCAUGAAUAAAGGUUGUUGUGACAGUGCAGUGAAAGAGGGUAAUUAGUUAAUUAAUUAAUUAGUUAGUUAAUUAGUUUGCUGUGAGAAUCUCAAUGGCAAUGGUGGUGGAGAUAUCUCACCGUGUGUGUUGUCUCGUUGCAGGCAGGAGCCUGGCCCCUCACGCACGUCCCUUCCUCCACCUUUGCCAUCCCACAGGAGCUGGAGAAGAGUGUACAGAUGGUGAGUAGUGGUUCGGGAGACUUAGAUGUGGUUGUUUGGAAAUAAAACAAUAUCUUUCUGUGGUUGCCCCAAGGUUACACAUGCUAUUCAACAAAACUGCAGAUCUUAAUCUUAUGUAACUCUAACAUGAUUAUGUUUUUCUCUACAGUUUGAGUUGUUCUAUAAUCAGCACUUCAGUGGGAGGAAGUUGACUUGGCUGCACAAUCUCUGCACAGGUAUAGAAACUCCAGUGCAAAAGAUGUGACAUUUUUUGUCAGCAGCAGUACUUUAUUUUUCACUGAAACUGCUACUUUUUUUAAAUUUUUAUUUCAUUUAACCUUUAUUUAACUAGGCAAGUCAGUUAAAAACAAAUUCUUAUUUACAAUGACGGCCUACACCGGCCAAACCCGGACGACGCUGGGCCAAUUGUGCGCCGCCCUAUGGGACUCCCAAUCACGGCCGGUUAUGAUACAGCCUGGAAUCGAACCAGGGGGUCUGUAGUGACGCACACCUCAAGCACUGAGAUGCAGUGCCUUAGACCGCUGCGCCACUCGGGAGCCCUACUACAUGGCAGGCCCAUCCAUAGCUCAACAGAAGUAACAGGAUGAUUAUUCCAUAGUCUAAAAUGGAUUAUGUCUGUAUGCUCUGCAGUGUUUUAUCCCAAAUCAGUGUGACACUAUUACAUGUUAGUAGAGAGGCUCUGAUUCUACCUAACACUGAGCUGCACCUGGGUCUACUACUACAUAAUCCAUGAAAUCACACAGCGCUAAAACUCCCUCAAAGCUUACAACAGCAUACAGACCUCAGGUGCAAUCCCAACACAAACACUGCAGUUAACAGAUUGGAACUAAAUCCCUGUGUGCGUUUACAAGAAUACCCAGAGAACACAUUAGGAUUGGGGAUUACUUUUGUCUGAUUUCUCCUUGGCUUUGCUUACACUUGAGAUACGUUUUUUAAAAAUACAAAUACAAACCUGUUAUCAAUAGGUGGUGUGGCGAAUAAGAUGGUGGUAUAGCAUUGGUGUUGUGGUGAUGACAAUGCUUGGCUCCCCUCUCUCUUUAGGUGAGGUGAAGAUGAACUAUCUCUCCAAGCCCUAUGUUGCCAUGGUGACCACCUACCAGAUGGCGGUGCUGCUGGCCUUCAACAACAGCGAGACGGUGUGUUACGAAACCAACCUGUUUAGUGGAAAUGGGCUGUCUUAACUGUGCCUUAAGCACUAAACUACCUCCAUAUACUAACAGGUGGAAGUAGACUGUGUUAACUGUGCUCUAAGCACUGAAUUAACUCAUAACUGUGCCCUAAGCACUGAACUAGCUUCAUAACUGUGCCCUAAGCACUGAACUAGCGCUGUAUCAUAUCCUAAAAGGUGGGCUACAAGGAGCUCCAAGACUCCACCCAGAUGAACGAGAAGGAGCUUCAGAAGACCAUCAAGUCCCUGCUGGACGUCAAGAUGCUAAACCACGACUCUCAAAAGGUCAGGGGUCAGAUGUCAGCAGCCAUAGAGUCACCCAGAGACCCAGAGUCAGCAGUAUCUUCUUUAGCGGUUAGAUGGAUUUAAAAGUAGCUCAUCUUGGCAUUUUUAUUAUUUCUCAGUCCUUUUGGUGGAUACUCUGUAUGUAACUAUUUUCUUGUCUUCAGGAGGAAAUCGACGCAGAGUCCACGUUUUCAUUAAAUAUGAGUUUCACCAGUAAAAGAACAAAGUUCAAGAUCACAACGUCAAUGCAGAAAGACACACCACAGGUACAUUACUCUACUACACUGAGAGCUCUGUCUAUAUCCAUCCAACAAUGCAAACACCUAUUUUCUGAAAGUGUCUGCCUCUGUUUAAAUACGUGUGUGUGUUUCCCCAACCCUGCAGGAGAUGGAGCAGACGAGGAGUGCAGUGGACGAGGACCGCAAAAUGUAUUUACAAGCUGCUAUAGUGAGAAUCAUGAAGGCACGCAAAGUGCUCAGACACAACGCCCUCAUACAGGAGGUGAGUUCAACUCCUGUCAUUUUCCACAAACCCAUGUACAAAUAGCCAGUUACCAAACUAUUUCACCCCAGGUCUGUACUGUACAUAUACAUGGUCCUGAGACAGAUAUCAAGGCUACAGGUUGAAGCAAUGUGUGUGAAUGGUACAGGCAAGUUACUGUUCAGAUACGAGCAGAGCUUUACCUGCUAGUCCUGAGAGACCGGUUGAAACAGGGGAAUGGAGAGAUCCAAGGGUUUUCCUGAGGACAGAGCUGUCAGCUGACCAGACGGACUACAUCCUCCCUGGUUUAGGUCUCUAGUCUAGCCCCUGGCUCUCUUCCUCCUGUGUUCCUGUGUUGAUGUUCUGGUUUGUUGUGUCAGGGAGGUGAACUCCUUCCUUGAUGGUGAGAUGUCAUCUCGAGGCCGGGACACAGAACAGAGUGAUGUCAGGAAUGAGUGUCUCCCAUCUGGGAUGAUCUUCGAACACGCCUGGGGACUGGGAGAAGGCUGCAGCACCUUGCUUUCUGCUGUCAUCAUCUAUCUAUCUCUCUCUCUCACUCACUCACAUAUAUCCUGUCUCCCCAACAACACAACACUCCUGUACUUUAAAAUGAGGGCUUAAGUGACUGGUUUAGUGGCGUACCUUCCCCACCACAUACACUCCCCUGCAUAUACUCCAACAUUUUGGAUUUAAGAUCAAAUGUUUCAUAUGAGGUGACAGUACAUAAUGUCACCUUGUAUUUGAGGGUAUUUUCAUACAUAUCUGUUUUAUCAUUUAGAAAUGAAAGCACUAUAUAUCUAGUCCCCCCAUUUUGAAGGGGUCAUAAAUAUUUGGACAAAUUCACUUAUGUGUAUGAAAGUAGUCAAAAGUUUAAUAUUUGGUCCCAUAUUCCUAGCACACAAUAGCUACAUCAAGCUUGUGACUGUACAAACUUGUUGGAUGCAUUUGUAUUUUUUUUUGUUUCGGAUUAUGUUGUGCCCAAUAGAAAUGAGGAUAAAGAGUUACCUGUCUAACAGAACACAGAGGGUGUUCUUUAAUGGAAGCCUCUCCAACAUAAUCCAGGUAGAAUCAGGCAUUCCCCAGGGCAGCUGUCAAGGCCCCUACUUUUUUCAAUCUUUACUAAUGACAUGCCACUGGCUUUGAGUAAAGCCAGUGUGUCUAUGUAGGCGGAUGACUCAACACUAUAUACGUCAGCUACAAGUGAAAUCACUGCAACACUUAACAAAGAGCUGCAGUUUCAGAAUGGGUGUCAAGAAAUAGGUUAGUCCUAAAUAUUUCAAAAAGCAUUAUAUUUGUGACAAAUCAUUCACUAAACCCUAAACCUCAACAAAAUCUUGUAAUGAAUCAUGUGGAAAUUGAGCACGUUGAGGUGACUAAACUGCUUGGAGUAACCCUGGAUUGUAAACGGUCAUGGUCAAAACAUGUUGAUGCAACAGUAGCUAAAAUGGGGAGAAGUCUGUCCAUAAUAAAGCGCUGCUCUGCCUUAACAACACUAUCAACAAGGCAGGUCCUACAUGCCCUAGUUUUGUCGCACCUUGACUACUGUCCCGUCGUGUGGUCAGGUGCCACAAAGAGUGACUUAGGAAAAUUACAAUUUGCUCAGAACAGGGCAGCGCGGCUGGCCCUUAAAUGUACACGGAGAGCUAACAUGAAUACUAUGCAUGUCAAUCUCAUGGCUCAAAGUAGAGGAGAGAUUGACUUCAUCACUACUUGUUUUUGUAAUAAAGUAUUAACAUGCAUACCCCACAAGACAUGCCACCAGAGGUCUCUUCACAAUCCCCAAGUCCAGAACAGACUAUGGGAGGCACACAGUACUACAUAGAGCCAUGGCUACAUGGAACUCUAUUCCACAUCAGGUAACUGAUGCAAGCAGUAGAAUCAGAUUUUUAAAAAACUGAUAAAAAUACACAUUAUGGAACAGCGGGAACUGUGAAGAGACACACACACACAGGCACAUACACAUGCACUCUACACACACGUAUACAUGGAUUUUGCAUUGGAGAUACACUGUAUAUACAAAAGUAUGUGGACACCCCUUCAAAUUAGUGGAUUCGGCUAUUUCAGCCACACCCGUUGCUGACAGGUGUAUAAAAUUGAGCACACAACCAUGCAAUCUCCAUAGACAAACAUUGGCCUUACUGAAGAUUUCAGUGACAUUCAACGUGGCACUGUCAUAGGAUGGCACCUUUCCAAUAAGUCAGUAAAUCAAAUUUCUGCCCUGCUAGAGCUGCCUCAGUCAACUGUAAGUGCUGUUAUUGUGAAGUGGAAACGUCUAGGAGUGGAAACGUGAUAGGCCACACAAGCUCACAAAACGGGACCGCCGAGUGCUGAAUUGUCUGUCCUCGAUUGCAACACUCAAUAGCGAGUUUCAAACUGCCUCUGGAAGCAACGUCAGCACAAGAACUGUUCGUCGGGAGCUUCGUGAAGUAGGUUUCCAUGGCUGAGCAGCCGCACACAAGCCUUAGAUCACCAUGCGCAAUGCCAUGCGUCGGUGGGGCUGUAUAUUGGUCUGGGGCUGUUUUUCAUGGUUCGGGCUAGACCCUUUAGUUCCAGUGAAGGGAGAUCUUAACAAAACAGCAUACAAUGACAUUCUAGACGAUUCUGUGCUUCCAACUUUGUGGCAACAGUUUGCGGAAAGCCCUUUCCUGUUUCAGCUUGACAAUGCCCCCGUGCACAAAGCGAAGUCCAUAGAGAAAUGGUUUGUCAAGAUCAGUGUGGAAGAACUUGACUGGCCUGCACAGAGCCCUGACUUCAACUCAAUCGAACACCUUUAGGAUGAAUUGGAAUGCCGACAGCGAGCCAGGCCUAAUCACCCAACAUCAGUGCCGAACUCAAUAAUUAUCUUGUGGCUGAAUGGAAGCAAGUGUAAAGCCUUCCCUGAAUAGUGGAGGCUGUUAUAGCAGCAAAGGGGGGACCAACUCCAUAUUAAUGCCCAUGAUUUUUGGAAUGAGAUGUUCGACGAGCAGUUGUACUUUUGGUAAUAUAUUGUAUGUGGUAGUAGAGUAGUGGCCUGAGGACACACAAUGUGUUGUGAAAAGCGUUAUGAAAUGUAAUGUAAUAUAAUAUUUAUUAUUGUAUGUAACUUCCUUAAUGUUGCUGGACCCCAGGAAGAGUAGCUUGCUGCCUUGAUAUCAGCUAAUUCUUAAUAAAUACAAAAAAUACAAAUGGUAAAUAAUGUAUUGUCAUUUUGGAGUCACUUUUUGUAAAUAUGAAUAGAAUAUGUUUCUGGACACUUCUACAGUAAUGUGGAUGCUACCAUGAUUACGGGUAAUUGUGAAAAAUGAUGAGUGAGAAAGUUACAGUGGCACAAAGAUCAUACCCCCAAAACAUGCUAACCUCUCACCAUUACCAAUAACAGGGGAGGUUAGCAUUUUUUGGGGGGUAUGAUAUUUAUGCCUCUUACUCAUCAUUAUUCACGAUUCAACCAACAACAGAAUAACGCAGGCUGUUAAUUUCUCUCUCGGUCUGUCCAUUUCUUCCCUUAGGUCAUCAACCAGUCCAAAGCCAGAUUUAACCCCAGUAUCAGCAUGAUCAAGAAGUGCAUCGAGGUGCUCAUCGACAAGCAGUACAUUGAGCGGAGCCAGAGCUCUGCAGACGAGUACAGCUACGUGGCA